UUCUUAUUUUUCGUCUUCUAGCGAAUCCAAAUCGAGGUAAACCCGCAGUUCGUGGGUUUAGGACGUGUUUAAACCCGCAGUUCGUGGGUUUAGGACGUGUUUAAACCCGCAGUUCGUGGGUUUAGGACGUGUUUAAACCCGCAGUUCGUGGGUUUAGGACGUGUUUAAACCCGCAGUUCGUGGGUUUAGGACGUGUUUUCUCGCGGCUGACGGGACCGUUGACGCGGCAUGGACGACAGCAAGAUGCCGGCGGGGAAGGUGAAGAAUCCCGGGAAGCGCGGCAGGAAACCGUCCAAGAUCGACCUGCAGGAGGAGCUGGACCUGAAUCAUAAAGGAAGACCCAAAAGACACUGCUGUGAUGAUUGCGAGCAAGUCUUCACCACAUCAUCAAACCUGAAGAAGCAUAAGAAAACUCACACUGGUGGUAAACCGUACAGCUGUGAUCAGUGUAGAGCAGCUUUUGCCCAACAAAGUCAUCUAACGAAACACCGACGUAUUCACACCGGAGACAAGCCUUACAGAUGCGAUCAGUGUGGAGCGUCUUUUGCCCAGCAAGGUGAUCUUACGAAACACCGACGUAUUCACACCGGAGACAAGCCUUACAGAUGCGAUCAGUGUGGAGCGGCUUUUGCCGAGCAAGGUGCUUUAAGGAGUCACCAACGUAUUCACACUGGAGACAAGCCUUACAGAUGCGAUCAGUGUGUAGCGGCUUUUGCCCAUCAAAGUAAUUUGACGAAACACCAACGUAUUCACACUGGAGACAAGCCUUACAGAUGUGAUCAGUGUGGAGCGGCUUUUGCCCAUCAAAGUAAUUUGACGAAACACCAACGUAUUCACACUGGAGACAAGCCUUACAGAUGUGAUCAGUGUGGAGCGGCUUUUGCCCAUCAAAGUAAUUUGACGACUCACCAACGUAUUCACACUGGAGAAAAGCCUUACAGAUGUGAUCAGUGUGGAGCAGCUUUUGCCCAGCAAAAUGCUUUAAUGAGGCACCAACGUAUUCACACUGGAGAAAAGCCUUACAGAUGUGAUCAGUGUGGAGCGGCUUUUGCCCGGCAAGGUCAUUUGACGACUCACCAACGUAUUCACACUGGAAACAAACCAUACAGAUGUGAUCAGUGUGGAGUGGCUUUUGCCCAGCAAGGUCAUUUGACGACUCACCAACGUAUUCACACUGGAAACAAACCAUACAGAUGCGAUCAGUGUGGAGUAGGUUUUGCCACAUCAAGUAAUCUAAGGAGACAUCAACGUAUUCACACUGGAUAAAAAGUGUACAUUUGUGAUCAGUGCUGAUAUAAUUUAAAGUUCAGUUAAAAUGCACCAGUUUAGUUAAUUUAGUUUGAAAGAAAUAAUUCACAUUUACGCACUGACACACACACCCACACAUGGAUGAUCUGAAGUUUGUGUUUAAUGUUUAGUUAGUUGUUGUUUAGGCAUCGGAAUUGAUCCCGAAUUUUGUUUCACUUUCUUUUAAGACUUUUUAAAAUAAAUUCUGAUUAAUU